AGCAAGAAAAGGGAAGAAGAAAAACGUAAAUUGAGUGAAUUAAUAAAAAUUCGACUCAAAACUUGUAAUUUUUCUAUUGAAAAAUACCAACGAACGCAAUAAAAUGUCGUUCUAACGCACCCGCGCCGACGGCAAGCAGUUGCAGCAAAAAUAUCAACCACUUCUCGAAGAUACAUCAGAAUUUUGACAACAAGAUAAGUGCAACAAAAGUAGCAGCAGCAGAGGAAGCAAGCAUCAAACUUAGAAAACACACACAUACCACGACGCACAAUGGGACUCGACUUCGAUGCGUUGGAAUACUGCAAGAGUGUGAAGCAUUCGCAGCCACCGUACGCUUGUCCAGUGCCCAAAUGUGGUCGCAGUUACAAGACCGUGAUAGGUCUGCAGUACCAUCUGGUUAACUAUGACCACGACAAUCCACAGCCACUGACACCGGUGGUGACGCCAAAUCGAAAGAAGGCGCGUUCGCGCGGUGCAACACAUUCGACACCAAAAGGCGGUGGUGUUGGGGGAACAGGUGCUGCUGGAGCGGAUGAUGAGCAAAACGGCGGAAAUGCCAACACGGCACAUUCAAUUAAUCCCGAAUCCUUGGUUUCAUACAAUGACGACGAACAGAGGGUGACGUUCAAUGUGGAGGGUAAAAGUGUUCGUUUGGGUACAAACGAUCCUCUGCCGUUUAUCGAAGAGGACGAGUAUAUGGAGCUAGUUGAGCGGGGGUGUAUAGUGAAUGCCGAUGCUCCGCCACUGGAACAGAAUGCGGUAUGGGCCAAGGUGAAGGUACCGGAAGCACGAUUUCAAGAAAUCGACAAUUACAAUGUACCAGAUGCUCCGCCCCGAGGUUUGGCAUAUUAUCGCUUUAUAGAAAAGUCAGUGGAAGAAUUGGACGGCGAAAUAGAGUAUGAUGUUGACGAAGAAGAUUCUGCAUGGCUGGAAUGGAUGAAUGAGGAACGUGAAAAAUCUGGCCACAAUCCUGUUAACAUCGAUACAAUGGAAUUGUUAAUGGACCGCCUAGAGAAAGAAUCAUAUUUUCAGGCAGCCGCAAAUGGUACGGCGACUGGUAAUGAGGUGGACGACGAUGCCGUCUGUUGCAUUUGCAUGGAUGGCGAAUGUCAAAAUACGAAUGUUAUCCUCUUUUGUGAUAUGUGUAAUUUGGCCGUGCAUCAGGAUUGCUAUGGUGUCCCAUAUAUACCAGAGGGCCAGUGGCUUUGUCGUCGCUGUUUACAGUCACCCAGUACACCGGUUAAUUGUGUAUUGUGCCCAAACACGGGUGGAGCAUUUAAGCAGACCGAUCGCGGUCAAUGGGCGCAUGUUGUGUGCGCUUUAUGGAUACCUGAAGUACGAUUUGCAAAUACUGUGUUUUUGGAACCGAUUGAUUCCAUUGAAACAAUUCCUGCAGCACGUUGGCGCCUAACAUGCUACGUUUGUAAGGAAAAGGGAUUGGGCGCCUGCAUUCAAUGCCAUCGCAACAGUUGCUAUGCUGCCUUCCAUGUAACUUGUGCCCAACAGGCUGGUCUCUAUAUGACCAUGGAUGUCAAUGAGAGUUCCGGUCACAAUGACUCCUCGGCUCAUGUUCAAAAGUUUGCCUUCUGUCAUUUGCAUACCCCAGACAAUGCAAAAACCAAAUUAAAUCUUAAAGACUUUGAAGAUGCACGCCACAAAAUGAAAGAAGCUCGAAAAGCAUUGGCCAAAAAACGCUCAUCUGCUCCCGUGGUACUGAUACCCACGAUACCACCCGAUCGUAUACAGGAAAUUGCGAGUAUGGUACACAUGCAGAAAAAGAAAGAAUUCCUCGAUCGUUUGGUUGCCUAUUGGACCAUGAAACGUAAAUACCGGAAUGGUGUUCCACUAUUGAGGAGGCUGCAAUCUCAAGGUAAUCAUCACGGUGUUAUACAACGCAAUGGCAUUGAAGGUUCCCCGGAUACAUCGGAAUUGUAUCGUCAACUCAAGUACUGGCAGUGUCUGCGCCAGGAUCUUGAAAGAGCGCGCCUGCUUUGUGAGUUGGUGCGAAAACGGGAAAAGCUUAAGGCUGCAUACGUUAAAAUAUGUGAACAAGUAAUAAACAUGCAACUCGAUCCCUUGGAGACUGUGUUGAGAAAACUAUUAGACGCUUUGGAAGCACGUGAUACUUCAGAAAUAUUCCGCGAACCUGUAGAUACAACCGAAGUUCCCGACUAUUUGGACAUAGUCAAACAGCCAAUGGAUUUGGGUACAAUGAGGACAAAACUUGACAAUCGACAGUAUACCAGCUUGGAUCAGUUGCAGAGUGAUUUCGAUCUAAUGAUUCAGAAUUGCUUGGCCUACAACAAUAAAGACACCGUUUUCUAUAGAGCUGGUAUACGAAUGCGUGACCAAGCGGCGCCGCUAUUUCAAGAGGCACGAGAUGUAUUGGCUCGUGAAGGUCUGCUGGACACUAGUCAAGUCGACUCAACAGAUCAUGUAGAGCAAGAAGUGGAACAGGAAUUACAAGAAUUGUUGGCAGCCACUCCUUGCGAGGCUAUUGUACAAAAAUUACUAAUUUUGGCAGAUAAAUCUCAGGUUUUGAAAAAUCCCACGUAUCGCACAAAGAAAAUCAAGCAAAUACGUUUGGAAAUAUCACGAAUGCGUAAGGCUAUACAAAAGGCUAGAAUGCAGGCACGACAUAAUGCCUCAGUAAAUUCCCAAACCGAGGAUGAUGACGAAAUGGAAGAAAAUCACAAUGUGGAAGAUAUGGAUGUUGAUACCCCACCUCCGAUAAGACCACAACCGCCACAACACCAACCAAUUCCACAUUUGCAAAAAGUCAAAGAUGACCAAACACCGAAAAGGUCACGCAAACCUGCUGCAAGAAGUAUAACCACACUUAGACAUAAUCACCAGCAACGGCAUAAUCUCAGCGAUGACGAAGAUGAACAUGAUAACCACAGUGACGAUGAAGAUGAUACAAUGGGUGAUGAAUCGAAAGGCACUAGUAACAAUACAACACAACAAACACCACCAAGUAGUCCCGUUAAGAGUCUCAAUAGCAGUGCUUCACCUGUUGGCGUAAAUAGAAGAACUGCGGUGCUGUUUACACGUAAAGCGCAGGCCGCUCUAAAACGUCCCACGGAUACAUCAGCGUCAACGACGGUAACGCCAGUAAAAGAAGAGAAUCACAACGUUAUUACCAAUGCCUCACAAAUUUCUACCUUGGGUUCGCUCAUCACAGCCGUGAACAAUAACGCCUCGACCACGUCUGCGUCCGUGACACCAUCAUCUCUCAUCACGUCUGCCUUAUCGAUAAGCAAUAAGCUGAGCGGUGGCCUCAAUCAAUUAUCACCGUUAUCGGCAAGUUUAAAUCAGGUGUCCACAUCUCUGAAUGUGAAAUCUCCGAAGCGGAACGCACGUCACAGACGUCUGAAUGAAAUGCGCAACAGUGGUUCGGUGUCACCGAAAAAGUCCCCCAAUCGAACUUUGACGGGACUGCUUACAACAUCUGCGACAGCACCAUUAACAUCAUCCGCCCAAAACAAUGCUACCGCACUGAAUACUGCAACACCGACCAUAUCCCUGCCACCAGCCACAAGCUUGAGCAGUUAUCAGCAUAUUCCCGAUACAUUUCGUGUUUAUCGAACCAAUAAUGAACGAGAUGCCAGCGACAGCGAUGAUGACGACAUGAGUGACAUUUCAGGAAGUCCGUGUAGUAGUUGUUCUGGCAUCUCAGGAAGUGGGACUGGCUCCGAUUAUGAUUCUAGCGAUGAUGAUGACGACGAAGACGACGACGAUGAAGAGGAGGACGACGACGCAGAUGCCCAGAAUGCCGAUGACUACAAUACCCGUGAUAAACCGGAUAUUGAAAUGAAUGAUAGUACGACUAUAGGCGAUUCAGCAACAGGCGGGAACAAUGGCCAAGCCAUGAGCUGUAGUGGUGAUAGUGAUACCGACGGUGCUGUCGCACCGGCUGGUCGAUUAAGUCGUGCUGGCAAUGAUUCAGAUACUCAAACACGGAGUAUAACGAGACGAACACCAACUCCUCUGGAUAAGAGACAACGAGGUGUUGGGCGGCCGAGGACAAAGAAAAAGCUCGCGUCCUCACCCCAGGCAAGAACAACAACACCCCCGCCAUCUGCUACUGCACCAGCUAAAGCAUCAACUCGUUCCGCAUCCAAUAGACCAGCAACACGUACGGCUACACCAACGCCAAAUAAUGUAAAUAGUAUGAAGACACGAAAGGCGCACAAUGCCGCCUUAACCAAUGCCAAUAACAGUAGCAGCAUGAACAGUAGAUCGAAAUCCAACCACAUAAAUUCGACGGCCACGGCGACGUCAGCUGCCCUUGAUAUGGCAAAUUCGAAUAGUACGACAGAUAAUUUAUUGAAACCUCCUCUCGAACCAUUACAGCUGGUCUGGGCAAAAUGUCGUGGCUAUCCUUGGUAUCCGGCUUUGAUUCUUGAUCCCAAGACACCGAAAGGUUUUGUCUACAACGGUGUUCCAUUGCCAGCACCGCCCAGUGAUGUAUUGGCUUUACGAAAAAACUAUCCCCAAGAUUUAGAGGUGUUUCUGGUUUUAUUUUUCGAUGCCAAACGAACAUGGCAAUGGCUGCCGGCCAAUAAAUUAGAUAUACUUGGUAUUGACAAAGAGCUCGAUCAACAAAAGUUGGUGGAAUCACGCAAACCGACCGAAAGAAAAGCCGUAAAGAAGGCCUACCAAGAUGCCCUACAUUAUCAAAGUCAAGUAUCCGAUUUGGAGGGACAAGGGCCGGAUCCGAUUAUGUGAAAAUCAAGAAGAGAGAAGUAACUAUUCUACAAUUGCCUCAUCGAUGAUCUAACUUACCGCUGUGCUCUUCAUCUUAAUAUCAACAAUAAUAAGAAAGUUUAAACUCUGAUUUUCAGGUUCAGAUCCUAUUUCCUCCUACAUAUGU